AUGUUAACAUUUAGAUUAAAAAAAUCUCUUUAUGGUAAAGAAUUUGGUGAUCUUGUUAAUGAAUUAAAUGAUUUAGAAAAAAACGUUCAUAUUCAACCACAUGAAGCUAAAAGACGAAUAACAUCUGGUUAUGAAACUGUAACACAUUUUAAUAUAAUAGAUAUUGACUGUCAUGGAUCACCUAUUAAACAAGCACGAUUAAAUACACGUUUUAAUGGUUUAUUACCAUUAUGGAGACCUGAUGUUGCUGAAGCACAAUUUACAAGAGCACUUUCAAGUGAAGAUAGAGGUGGUGAUGGACGAGAAUCAAAUAUACGUUUGACUCGAUAUGAAAUCCAUAGAAUUGUUUAUGUUCUUAGAAGAAUUCGACAAAUUGAAGAUGAAGAAAAAUAA